AGUAGUGAAAAAAGAGAACACGUAACCAAACACAAGACCAAAAUAGAAACGCUGUAAUGUUCUGGAACAGUACCAAAACCAAAACUGUUACUUAUAAGAGGUUCCCAAGUAGCAAGGCUUAGUGACUUUGGCACGUGCCACUUCCUAUAUAUAAAAGCCACGCCAGUUGUGCUUUAGAUGACGAUGAGCCAAGUUAAGUGAGCGAGCGAGCGAGCGCCUCGUUGCUAUGUGCAUGCUCAUCACUUGCCAGACCCAAUACAUACUAACCUUUUUUCUUUCUUGAGAAUAACACCCACCCCACCAACACUCACUACUACUAGCUACACUCCCACAAUUUUUACAAUAAAAAGAGAGAGAGAAAAACAAAACAGCAUUCUUAGUUGUGUGCCGAGAGUUGAGAGUUUGAGAUUUUCUCUCUGUUGGCUAAAGCUUAUCCAACAACUGAACUUCAAUGGGCGAGGAAGAGAAGAAACCUGCAGAAGAAGUGAAAAAACCAGAGGAAGAGAAGAAAGAGGAGGCUCCACCGAAUGAAGAGGGAAAAACAGAGGAAUCCAAAGAUGCACCACCACCUCCACCUCAAGAAAUAAUCUUAAGAGUCUACAUGCAUUGUGAAGGCUGUGCUCGUAAAGUUCGUAGAUCCCUCAAAGGCUUCCAAGGAGUUGAAGAUGUGAUGACGGAUUGUAGGAGUCAUAAGGUGGUGGUAAAAGGAGAAAAAGCAGAUCCAUUGAAGGUUUUAGAGAGAGUUCAAAAAAAGAGCCACCGUCAAGUUGAGCUUCUUUCACCCAUCCCAAAACCACCGGCAGAAGAGCCCAAGAAGAUGGAGAAGAAAGAAGUAAUUAAACCCCAAGAGAAAAAAGAGGAGCCCAAAGUGAUUAUUGUUGUUCUGAAAGUUCACAUGCAUUGUGAAGCUUGUGCUCAAGAAAUCAAAAGGCGUAUACAGAAAAUGAAAGGUGUGGAGAAUGCAGAACCAGACUUGAAAAACUCACAAGUGACAGUAAAAGGGGUAUUUGAGGCAGCACAGCUGGUGGAGUAUGUAAGCAAGAGAACAGGCAAAAGGGCUGUCAUAGUGAAAGUUGAACCAGAAAAGAAAGAAGAGGAGGCGAAACCCAAAGAAGGCAAUGAAGAGAAGAAAGCAGAAGAAAUCGAAAAAGACGCGAAAAAAGCGGAGGAAGGAGAGAAAAAGGAAGAAGGUGGCGGCAGCGGAGACGGUGCCUCCGGUGCAGCCGCUGAUGCAGCUUCCGGCAGUGCCGAAGAAGGUGCAUCAGGUAAAGAGGUUGCUGUUCAAGAAGAAGAUCCAAAGUUGGAAAUGAAGAAGAAUGAGUUUUACUACUAUUACCCACAGCAGAAUUAUUACCAGCUUUACCCUCAAAGAUAUGCACAUGAGAUGUAUUAUAAUCCUUACCCUCCACAAAUGUUUAGUGAUGAGAACCCCAAUGCAUGUUCAGUGAUGUAAAUUAGGAGGAACAUGAAGGGUAUAUGUGGAAAGGAAAGAGUUUGUGGUCACAUGGGAAAUGUCCAUGGCCAUUUCUACUUCUUGUUGUUUAUGGUGGUGCUCUACAUGUGGCCCUGUCUGUGGGCCUUUAAGUAUAAGUCUGCAGCCAUAAAACUAGAGAAUUUUGUGAGCACUUUGUACCUUUUUUAUGGUUUUCUUUUAUUAUAAUCUUCUUGUUAUAUACCAA